GGCGGGGCGGGCCCGGCGGCGGUGAGGGGCUGAGGUGCUGGGCGCGCAGCGGCUCAGGAGCUGCGGCGCGAGGCCGUGCGGGUGGCAUGCUGUCCUCGGCCGCGCUGCUGGCGCUGGGCGCGCUGCUGUGGCUGGGCCCGCAGCCCCUGGGCCGGGCGGCCGCCGCCCAGGCCGUGUGGAGCGCCUGGCUGAACGUGUCGUGGCGGGAGCCCGGCGGCGGGGGGAACCGCAGCGGCUGGAACGCGAGCGAGAGCGGCUUCUUCGGGCAGGACUCGCCGCUGCAGCGGGCGGCCGGGCUCCUGGUGCAGCCCGACGGGGCCGACGGCCUCCACGCCUGCAGCCCGCUCACCAACUUCAGCGAGGCGGGCGCCGGCCAGGCCUGGCUCGCGCUCAUCCAGCGCGGCGGCGGCUGCACCUUCGCUGACAAGAUCCGCCUGGCCGCCGAGCGGGGCGCGGCGGGGGCCGUGAUCUACAACUACCGGGGCACGGGCCGCGAGGUGCUGCCUAUGUCGCACCCGGGGGCAGGAGACAUUGUUGCAAUUAUGAUCAGCAAUCUGAAAGGCCUGGACAUCUUACGCCGGAUUGAGAAGGGCUUUCAAGUGACUAUGGUUAUUGAAGUAGGGAAAAAGCAUGCACCUUGGAUGAAUCACUAUUCAAUCUUUUUUGUCUCAGUGUCGUUUUUCAUUGUCACAGCAGCAACUGUGGGCUACUUCAUUUUUUAUUCUGCUCGAAGAUUCAGGGUUGCAAGAGCUCAGAACAGGAGAGAGAGACAAUUAAAAGCAGAUGCCAAAAAAGCUAUUGGACAGCUACAACUGCGCACAUUAAAACAGGGGGACAAGGAAAUUGGUCCUGAUGGCGAUAGCUGUGCAGUAUGCAUUGAAGUAUACAAACCAAAUGAUGUAGUGCGUAUUUUAACUUGCAACCAUCUUUUCCACAAGACUUGUAUUGAUCCCUGGUUAUUAGAACACAGGACAUGCCCUAUGUGCAAAUUGGACAUACUCAAAGCUUUGGGAAUUGAGGUGGAUCUAGAAGAUGGAGCAGAGUCUUUCCAGACCAUGGUGUCCAAUGAAGCAUCAAAUAGAGCUUCACUUAAUGAAGAGGAUAAUCGUAGUGAGACUGCAUCAUCUGGAUAUGCUUCAGUGCAAGGAACAGAUGAGCCGACUCUAGAGGAACAUGCAUCUUCAGAGCAUGACAAUCUGCAUCUCGUAAACAAUGAGUCCCAGUCUCCAGCAGUGGAGGUCCUUCCUCACCUUGACAACCCAAGCUUUGAAGCAGAUGAAACCCGAGUUCAAGAAAUCAAAUCCUAAAAAUUUGUCAAGCAAUGCGGAAUCUGAACCCGUUGUAACAAACUGCCAGUUGUGGUCAUAUGUACGUCAAACAGUAUAACAAAAGAACUACUCUGUAGCAGCAAUGUUGCAUUGGAAAUAUUGGGAUGAAAUGAAUUUUUUUAAUAGAUCACAAUUACAUGGUUUGAAAACUUAACCUUCUGCUAAUUUAAACCUUUUUAUCUUCCGUUGGAAUUUAGUUUAAGUAUUCUUCAGAUAAAACUGUCUCAAAAGAACGUAUGAAGAAAAUCAUCUGAUUUUAACAUUGAACCAAACCUUCCUAACCCAGCCAGUCUUGUGCGGUGACAUUUCCAUUCAGCCUGCGAAAACAUAUGCUGCUUUUUUAAAUAUUGUACUAAGCGGAUUCUCCUGUAGUAGCUGUCUCUGUUGGGAAUUUUUUGAUUUGGAGCUUAUAGAUUUAGUAUAAAGAUGGAUUUCUAUUACAACCAAAUCAAUUUUGAUCUGGAUUUAUAGAUACUUAAUUGUUUUAUGUAAAGCAAUAUUCAUGUUAAAUGUCACUGCUCCAAAUUAGUAGGACAGAAUUACAAACUAAAUGCCUAUCAACCUUCCCCUGCCCCCCAAAUAUUUUUGUGGAAUAUUAAACCUAUUUCAGAUGAGGUAAAGGUUCUAAUCAGUCAUAUAAUGCAACAUAUAUUCCUAAAACCUAUUUGAAUGGUUUAAAUAACAGGUCAAGUCUAACAUGCAAAAUAUUAUAAAGGGAACAAUUCCAGAAGUGCUGUAUUUU